CUUAAAAGCGGCGGCGGCUCCGGUGCAGCGCCCGCGGCGGCGCUCCCGGCACGGCCCGGGAUGGGCUCCGCGCACUCCGUGCCCGCCGAGAUGCGGGAGCUGGCGGACAGGACGGGCUUCACCUCGGAGCAGAUCGAGCACCUGCACCGGCGCUUCAAGCAGCUGAGCCAGGACCAGCUGACCAUCCGGAAGGAGAACUUUGACAGCAUCCCCGACCUGGAGUUCAACCCCAUCCGAGGGAAAAUCGUCCACGCCUUUUUUGACAAGCGGAACCUGCGGCAGGAGUCGGACGGGCUGGCGGAGGAGAUCAACUUCGAGGACUUCCUGACCAUCAUGUCCUACUUCAGACCCAUCGAGAUGAACAUGGACGAGGAGCAGCUCGACCACUUCCGCAAGGAGAAGCUGAAAUUCCUGUUCCACAUGUAUGACUCGGACCACGACGGGAAGAUCACGCUGCAGGAGUACAGAAAUGUGGUGGAGGAGCUGCUGUCGGGGAACCCCCACCUGGAGAAGGAGUCGGCUCGGUCCAUCGCCGACGGGGCCAUGAUGGAGGCAGCCAGCAUCUGUGUGGGACAAAUGGGCCCGGACCAGGUGUACGAGGGCAUCACCUUCGAGGACUUCCUGAAGAUGUGGCAGGGCAUCGACAUCGAGACCAAGAUGCACGUCCGCUUCCUCAACGUGGACACCAUCGCCCACUGCUACUGAGAGGGGAGCAGGAGGAGGAGGAGGAGGAGGAAGAGCAGCACCCAGCAGCAGCUCCAUGUCCUGGCACUCAGCUCUGCCCCACCCGUGUGCCUGUUCCAGGCUGGGGCUGCCCUCCAGAAACAUCAGAGGCUUUUAUCUGUAAUAAAAGAUAUUUCUCUUUUUA